CAGUAUGGCUGGGCUGUGACUGCGAGCAAUACACAACGACACAAGGGUGGUCAGCGCAGUUUGCUUCUUCGAGGAUUUCAGUCACGAGAAAACGGAUCGUCCAACAUCGUCCCCAGUGCAGGUUCGCCAGAGCUGCUGCGAAAGAGAAGAGAGUCGAUCACUCCGCAAAAGCUCGAUUCAGAUGCUUCAACUCCGUACUUGACGUGGCCUUCCGGAUCUCCUACUCAUACCGUUCGGGCAGCGGAGGGUUCAGCAUAAGCCCGUGGCUGGCCCUCUCCUCGAUCGUGGACAGAUCUGCGUCGCCAGCCUUCAGAGUCUUGGAUACUUUAGGGAACACCAUCAGACUAUCUCGAACAGCCAGUGCCAAUGGCGUCUUCUACAGACGUGGAUCAGCAGGGUUGUACCUUGUUGCAUCGUUUUGCCUAUAUUAUGCAAUGGUCCAGUCGAGAGGAGAGACAAUUGGCUCAAUUGCUUAUGAUGGAAUUGAUCCACAAGCAUGGCGUGCCAAUCGCCCGCGAGAAUAAUUUCGGCCAGUGGCCACUCCACCUCUCAAUGCUUCACAGAGACGACCGUGUUGUCAACAGGUUGUUAGUGCCGGUGGGUGACGAGACAGCGAAUCGAAAUGUUGAAUUCGAUCCUUAUAUGCUCACAUCCUUGAUAUACACCAUGGGCUCUGCCCUGAGCGUUUGUAAUGCUUUCCACGUGGAGCCUUUGAGCAGGGCUAUCAUCGCGGACCAGCCAGACGUUGUAGCCCGGCUCAUCUCCACUUCUCCCGGGCUGCUCGACGAGGAACCAACAUUUGGCUUCCGCACACAUUUACACCUGGCAAUUGGGAUGGGUCGAUUUCAUUGCUUCGAGAGGCUUGUUAAGUCACUGGAAGCAGUCGAUAAUUACGGAAACCUGUCUCCAAGGCGCCUGGACAGACUUCUCAUGACCAGCGACGAAACGUGGGGCACGACCUUGGCGGAGUAUAUCGUCGAGUCCUGCGAGGGGAGUAAUCUGACGUGCCACGACCUAGAACCUAAUGGUGCCGUCAUACCACAAUCUUGUUGGCACGCAACGGCGUUGCUGCUUAUAUUCGCCCACAAAUGUUCAAUGCGGCCCCGACAGAUGCACCUCGAUCCACGAGGGCAUGUUUACUAUUGCAGAUGCACUGCGGUCUAUUUCAACGAGCUCAAACAUCGUCGCCAAUUGGUACGCUCUAUCGCCUUGCAGCAUCUCGGCCCGCUUGAAAUUAGGAGAUUUGGCCUCGACCAGGAUCUGUUGCUCGAUCGACACUAUGCCUCGGUGAUCAAGCAGCUGCGGUCCCAGGAUGUCCACAUUCCCAGCUACUUGAUCGACGCCGAGACGGAUGACCAGCUGCUACCUUUAUAUCAUUGGUCUUAUGAAACAGUGGGAUUGAAAGAAUCCUUUUUCCGGGGAGGUAAACACCUUGGAACAGUUUACGCGCUCAACACAGCGGUACUCGCCGCUUUAUCCUGGUCCGGUUUCCGUGACUUUCAGGCGCCGUUACCCAAUGGCAUGACGAUUCUUGAUUAUCAUAUUCUCAAUAUCAAGUACCCAUGGUGGGACCCGUAUCGGACCUGGGACACGAUAGACUGGAUUCUGACCCACUUAGCUGACGAAGCCAUCACUCUCGGAAGUGCGUGGAAGCCCAAGCACGCGCCUCACUUGGUUUCACCGUCAAUGUGCGUCGCAUGUAGGCACCAAAAUGCGGUGCCACAGGCCACUGUUGCGCACAUGCUAUCUGGCGCCCUCGCCCUAGACAUCCCUACGCAAUGUGAGCCGACAGAGUGGUAUCCUCAAGCCACGUGGUUGAACCUCUUAGUCAAAAUCUCACAAAUGACGGUCAAUGACGGAACGAUCUGCCUCUGUUCACCACAAGGCCGCAUGCCGUUCAUGUACUUCCUCCUGGAUUACAUCACGGAGUACUUGGAUCACGAGACACCAAGCACCCUCAGCAAAGCGAUGAAUGGUAUCAUCCGAAUUUGUGGUGCGCCCUGGCAGGCAUGGCACUACCAGUGGGCUUUCCGCCUGCUCACGUUCGAGGCUUUCUGGCUAGAACACACGUGCGACUAUGCCCAGGACGAUAUUGAGGAAGAAAGGCUAUGUUCUAACGUCGAAGAUGACUCACAACCAGCGAGAAAUCGUGAUGCAGCCGCCCGUGCAGCGUUUGAGGACAUUGCCUCCGAAUUUCAUGCCCGGAUCGCACGAAGCGGAAUGAGCGGCUCUCUAGAUCGGACCCAGGAUGAUGCGGAUACGCACGGUACUGAGAACCCCAGUAUAGCUCAAGAUGUUGUGGACAUUCAGCAAGACUCAGUCCCGGCACAGAAUGCGUCGGACGAGGAUGAUUUCAACAUUCAUGCCUCCCGCAUCUGGGAGUCCUGGCUUGAGGAGUGGGUGGAGCGCGUGGACCAUGCACUGGCCGAGUUGAGCGACAGUGAAUCACAGGAGGAUCAUGUACAGGCAUCAGAGGCAGAUGUCCUUGGCGUCAGAUGGUGCGAGCCACCAGGUCGGGUGGACGAGGAGGUCGACCCUAGUGAACCCAAUUACACCUCCUUGGAGUACUGGGCUUGGCGAUUCGAAGAGAUCUAGGUUAUCCGGUAGGUUGGGCCAGACGCUCUCUAGAUGGUGACGGAACGCUUCAUACUGCUAUAGUCCAUCAACCCCUUGAACACGAAAACAACCAACCACGCAUGCAUUUUCGAAGGAUCCUGAUCCGCCCAAGUGCGGCAGGAUCAGGCCAUACCAGGACGGUGUGGGAGCGGGACCGAUCUAGCGCCAGGAACUUGACAUGGCUCGUUUCAGCUGGACCCGCUCACGAUGAGUGUAGACCCCUUGUUUCGUGC